UUAUUAUUUCUGAUUGCUAUUUACAGCUACUAAGAAGAGGAAGGUUGAACUGUAACUCUGCCAUCUCUCCAACAACACCCUGCUCUAUAGCGUCUGCUUGUAGCUGGUUGCCUGGCAACGUGUACACAAUGGUGUGUUUUGCACUGCAGAGCUGAAUAAGAGCUAUGGCAGCACCCAAAGCCAGCCAGGACCAGGGAAAGAAAACCAACUAUGUGGCACAGGAUUCUAUAUGGAGAGCUCAUAUUGAAACCGAGACGGCGACUGCUAAGAGAUGGCCGGAUAACUGGGGAUUUCUAACUACCCCUCCUGAUGAGUUGCUGAAAAAUGAGAAAGUAGAGAAGAAGGAGCGGCCAUGCUUGAGAACCCCUGAGCAUAUGCGUAUUCAUCCCGUCACCCCAUUGGAGAAGCACAUCCAGGUGGCUCCUUCACCCCCCGUGCCCCGCACCACGCAAGGUUUUGUCGGCUGGAGAUCCAGCGUCCUGGAACUGCAACUGGACCGCUAUGGAAAAUCCAGCCACCCCCAAGGGGACUUCUGUAAGCGGAUGAACUGGCCCGCUGAAGCAAUGGACUAACGCUGCCCCUCCAUGCCAAAUACCCCAAGCUCAAUGCUGCGUGGCCAACAAAUGUUGCAACAUAGCAAUAAAAUGCCACAAAUGACAAAAUUUGAACUCUCUUUUCGGAUGACGGGAGAACUCAGCUUCAAAAUAUAUAUAUUCAUAUCAACAUUUACAUAUAUAUAUAUAUAUAUAUAUAUAUAUAUAUAUAUAUAUAUAUAUAUGUGUGUGUGUGAAUGUUGAUAUGACAUAUGGUGGGGCAGCCACGAGAGAAUCGCAGCCAUAACAACUGAUUUAUUAUUUCUCCAGCCUCCCCAAUAUUGACACGAUCACCUUAAAGGCUAAUAAAUCUGCACGCUUGA